GGACAAACACCGAAAUCUGCAGUCUGUGUUCAGCGACAUUUGGGGUCAGAUUUCAGCAUUUUCGUUUCCUCACAGCGAAAUAAAUCCGAGUUUCAACGGUGCAGUAAGUGCAUUUCCACGAUUGGAAAGUACCAACGUAGAAUGCAGUAUGGCGAAUGAAGCAAAGCCCUGCCCAUGUGACAUCGGCGACAAGAUUGAAUAUGGAGGUCUUGGAGAGGAAGUUCAAAUCGAGCACAUUAAAGCUUAUGUGGUGAAGCCUGCGGCAUCAGAGAAGGCUAUUAUUGUAAUUCAAGACAUCUUUGGAUGGCAGCUUCCAAACACCAGAUACAUGGCUGACAUGCUCUCAGCCAAUGGAUACAUUGCUAUAUGUCCAGAUUUCUUUGUUGGAAAAGAGCCGUGGAGUCCAUCUCACGACUGGUCAACAUUUCAGCAGUGGCUUGAGGACAAAAAGCCUACAGACAUCAAAAAGGAAGUCGAUGUCACAUUGAAGUACCUGAAGGAGCAGUGCGGUGCGAAGCACAUAGGUGUUGUUGGCUUCUGCUGGGGUGGUGUUGCGACACACUACAUUGCUCUUCAGUAUCAGGAAAUCAAAGCUGGUGUAUCUGUCUAUGGUAUCGUCAGAGAGCGGGAGGACAGAUUUGAUCUCAAGAGUCCAACUCUCUUCAUUUUUGCAGAAAACGAUGCAGUCAUUCCACUUGAUCAGGUGACUACGCUUGAGACAAGACUGAAGGAAAAGUGUGCUGCUGACUUCCAAGUGAAGAUCUUCCCAAAACAGACACAUGGAUUUGUCCAUCGCAAGAGAGAAGACAUUAACCCAGAUGAUAAACCUUACAUUGAAGAAGCCAGGACAGAUAUGAUCAACUGGUUGAAUAAGUACAUGUAAACUGAGGUGAAGGCUAAACAUUCCCUAAUGGCAAAGUUUGACGAUAAAAAUCAGUUAGUGUGAUGACAUUAACUUUAAAUCAGUUUGAAAACUUUUGCAGUUCUGUGUAUGUAUUUUUGAAUGAUUCCAACCUCAAAAAUCAAAAAUUGAGAAAAAUUCAGAAAGUGACAACCAACAUAAACAGAUCUGAAAACAAAAGUUUAAUGAUUACUUCAGUACUACAUUGAACUGUAUCAAAUGAUAAAUAACAGUACGGAGGUUCGACACGUUCCUUUAGAAGUGCUUGAGACCAUUCAUUUCACUGUUUCUUUCCAAUGAGGGUCUCGAUCACAUGCUGUUGCUUCAUGUCUGCAAAGAUUUAAGUCCGAUUUAAUGCCAAAUAUAUAUUUUUGUAUGUAUCAGUUUAAGACUGAUACCCAUUAUGUGAAAAUGCAAGAUUCAACAAAGACUUAAAUUGAUGAAUAAUAACAGUGAUGAAUUUUACAUUGGAACAAAAAUAGAUACUGAUGACUUUGUUCAUCAAAGAAUCCUGGAAAUAAGAUGUAUUAUAGAUUCCACAAAAAUACUGUGCAUAAUUGUUUAUAAACAGUUAUUGUUUAUAAUUGUUUUAAACAUUUAUGAGAAUAAAUGAUCAUUGACCACCAAACCAGCAUAUUAGAAUGAUUUCUGAAGGAUCAUGUGACAUUAAAGACUGGAGUAAUGAUGCUGAAAAUUUAGCAUUGCCAUCACGGGAAUAAAUUACAUCUGAAAAAAAUAUAUUCAAACAGUUAAUUUUUUGUAUAAUAAUAUUUCACAAUAUUACUAUUUUUACAGUAUUUAUGAACAAAUAAAUGUUGGUGAA